AUGGACAACACAGACUCAUAUUUAUUGAACUUUAAAGGCUAUUAUUUUCAACGUUCUUUACUUGAUCUUGACCUUAUAGAACAUUUAGAUGACUUUGAAAUUAGAGAUGAUGAUGUGUUUUUAAUUACAUAUCCAAAAUCUGGUACAAUCUGGACUCAGCAGAUAUUAAGCUUGAUUUAUUUUGAAGGACAUCGUAACAGAAGUGAACUGGUGAACACAUGUGAUAGAGUCCCCUUCCUGGAACACAGUAUAGAGAAAAUAGACCAUGUCAACAGACCAUCCCCUCGUCUCUUCACUUCCCACAUCCCAUAUUAUUUAGCACCGAAAGGUCUCAAGAAACGAAAAGCUAAAAUUGUUUACAUCUAUAGAAACCCCAAGGAUAUUUUGACUUCAUAUUUUCAUUUUUCAAAUUGGUUACUUACAUUUGAACCUUCAGAUAACAUAGAACAUUUCAUGAAAAGGUUUCUAGAUGGAAAAGUGAUGGGAAGCCUUUGGUUUGAUCACAUCAGAGGCUGGUAUGAACACAGACAUGACUUCAAUAUUUUGUUCAUGAUGUAUGAGGAGAUGAAGAAGGAUCUCAGAAGUUCUGUGCUUAAAAUCAGCAAUUUUCUUGAAAAAGAACUGAGUGAAGAGGACUUGGAUGCUGUUGUGAACCAGGCUACAUUUCAGAACAUGAAGCUGAAUCCACAAGCAAAUUACGAUGAUAUUCUAAAAUCUGUAAACUUGACAAGAACAAAUGAAGGAGAUUUCCUGCGCAAAGGUACCAUCGGAGACUGGAAACAUCACUUGACCGUGGAGCAAAAUGAAAGAUUUGACAGAAUAUUCCAAAUGAAGAUGAAAGAUUUUCCCUUGAAGUUCAUCUGGGAUAUAAAUGAGGAGUAG